GCUUGCCGCACGUUUUUCACCGGUAGUCGUUGAUCGUUCCUAUAUAGUAAAGAUUCGCUCAACCUGCAAGCAAAUUAUUUUCGCGAUAAUCCUUGCGCUUGUUACUUUAUCCCUCGUUCCUAACGAUUCUCAGGAUCGUCUCGCGAGGAUCGACGACUCUUUGAGAUCAUUUAGGAUAGUGAUAAUCAAAACUGGAUCGAGAAUGAAAAUCGCCACUACAUUAUUCCUCUUCGUGGUCGUCGGAUGUACGUGGCGAGAGGCGCUAGGCACGUGCGUGUUUCAAUCGGACUUUGGUUUUGUUCUAAACUGCGCUUUCAAAAAGUCCGGUCUCUUCCGUGUCAGAAAUCUCGGAGGUGUAAAGGGUUACGUCGGCCUGGGAUUUUCCAUUGGAGACGAGCUAGGCUUUAGCCAAUCGCUCUCCAAUUUGGAAAGUGCAAAAAGAAGAAGCGUGCAACCGAACAGAGUUAAUGGGCUUGCAUUUAAUCCUUUGAAUACGCCAAACAAUCGUGAUGAUACGCGUGCAGGCUCAGUCAAUACUCGCCAAGUAGUACCGCCCUUCAAGCCGUUGCCUAUCGGAACGACUCGACCGAUGAGCCAGCAGCCUGAACGUCAAAAACUGAUAGUGAACGCAACAGCUCUUAAAACGGCACCAGUGAUGCCGACGAUGCAGCAAGAUGCACUGCGUCUUCAUCACCAACGAAUUCAUCAAGAAUCCAAGCUAAAGCAGCAGCAGAGAAUACAACAGGAAGCGUUAGCGCUACAGAUAUUAAAGCAACAACGUUUGCAACAGCAGGAAGCCAUGAGACAGCAACAGAUGCAGCAACAAAAGAUACAGCAACAGCAGAAGCAACAGCAACACCAAAUGCUCGCACAACGGCAGCAGAUUAUGGCGAUAGAAAACAAGAAGGACCAAGUGAUUGUGCAACCACAAAUGAUAGCGGUGGCAGGAACGAUACCGAAACUACCUAUCAUUGCUGCAAUUCCGUCAGUUGGUAUGGUCGAAGCUGAAGCCCUCCCAACAUCGUUGUCAUCAAAGGCAACGACUAAUUUAGUCUCGGCAAACGCUGGCUUGCCGCCUUUCAUCGCGAUGCCGCAGUCGUCAGCAAAGCUCACGAACAGAAUCAGUGGUAGUAGCACUCUGUUACAGGAUUCCGAUAACGAAGUAUCAAAAGAUGAUUUUGCACAGCUGCCUUUGCCGAGCGACGAGAUGGCUGCUUCGGUGAACGAAAUGACGUUGCUCUCGUUGCAGCCUAUUUCUGCAAGUGAUCCCAGUCAAUCGCUGCCUCUUCAACAAAAUGAAAAACGACAGUCUUUGCCACUGCCCAACGAUUUACCAUCUUUGGCCCCCAUCCAAGGGAUGGAAACCUCCUUGAAGGCUCUCGCGGAAGCAAGUAAUAUUACUCUAGAAGCUCUGGAAGCAGCAAUUCUUGUAAGACAACAACAGCUUCUUAAAAAGCAACGGGGACCCACUGCAAGUACCAGUACCACUACGACAUCUACAAUCGCACCUCCUAAAAAUAAAUAUAAUUCCGGAGCUACUAAAGUGAUGAAUGCGCCACGGGAAUACUAUCCCGUUGGAUAUGACAAGAAUUUCGAUGACAAUUUCGCAAGUCGCGUCGAUCUGCCGGAUACGAGUUUCUAUUGUGGCGAUCAAAAGCAUUUCCCAGGUCUCUAUGCCGACGAAGAUUUGGGAUGUAUGGUAUUCCACGUUUGCGCACUGACGGACGACGGCCUGAUCAUGAAGAGUUUCUUGUGUCCGGAAUCGACGUUGUUCGAUCAAACGAUUCUGAAGUGCAACUGGUGGUUCUAUGUAGACUGUAAAUCUUCGAAGAACUUGUACGACAGUAAUAUACCCAUCAGCAAGAGCUAUCAGUUGAUGAAGGCCUUGGCGUUCUUCUCAGCGUAUAAAAAUCACGAGAACGGUACAAACAACGCGGAGGAAAGUGAAAUAAAUAAUUCUUGAGUCAAGCAGCAGAUUAAUCAAAGAUUCACAAGCUCAAUGUUCAAUAUCUGGAAACUUGCCUUGUUUCCAUGAUGCAACUUCCCGUCUAGUUUAAACAAUUUUUUUAUCUGUAUAUAUAUAUAAAUAAUUUAUUUUAUUAAUAAAAAAUAUAGCAUGUAGGUUUAUACUUUAGAGGCAAUGUAAAUAGUAUACACGUUCCUCGUUUAUUGUUGAAUAAUAAU